UUCACGGAGCGGUUGGCGUUCGCGUGUGCGCCUCGAGUGUUUUCGCGGACAUGCGUUGCCACCAGCGUCUCGUCGAGACUGUCGUCGACUGACACGGCGAAGCAUCCUGCGGUCGUCGCUGACGGACGACAGUGCGUCGUUUGACCGGCCGCAAGAUGAUAAGCGAAGAGACGGUUUCGACCGCGCAGCCCACGGAGGCGCCGGAGAUGGCGGCUACCGCCGAAAUCGAACCGCGAAAACUCAAAGCCGUCGUAGCUGUGCUCAGCAUAAUGGUGAACGACUACAUGUGCAAACUGAACACUCUGCUACAGUUGGUGCAGCGACAGCGCAAGCUGCUGCACGCUCUGGCUGCGAUCCGGCAAAAGAAAAGGGAGAAACCGACCUCUCUACCACGUGUGCCGGUCAACUGCUGUCCGGCUGUGCGCACCCUUCUGCUGGACUACCUGCAUGAUGAGACGCUGGCCUUCGAGCGCCACUUCCGCAUCAGCCGCGGCACCUUCCGGCGCAUCUCGUCCAUCUUCACGCGGCCUCGGGUGUCGGGCUGGGCACGCGAGCUCGAGCUGCUCAUCUUCCUCCACUGGCUCGCCAUGGGGACGUCGUACCGAGCCAUUGCCAACACCUUUGGAAUACCGCGCUCAACUAUUCAUGGCGUGGUGUACCGCUACGUGAACAACUUUGCCAACCAGCUGAGCAUGCUGAUCCAGCCACCCCAGACCGAGGCAAAGUUGCGCGCCGUGACCGAGGGUUUUUCGGCGCUGUGCUCCAGCGAAAGCUUCGGCGCUGCUGCGGGAGUCAUCGACACUUGCCGCAUCACAACGGCAUUGGGCGAGACCUCCGUCCUUGUACAGGCCUUGUGCGAUUCCCACGGCCACUUCCUCGACUUCUCGGUGGGAUACCCCGCGACCAUGGAUCCGGCCGACGUCUUUCAGGCCAGUCCACUGUACGAGAAAGCCAGCUA